AUGCGCUGGUUUGAGUUUGUGCGUGGGUGGUCCGCUCGCUCUCUCAUCGAUCCAGCGGCUCCCCCAGGACGGAGCCUCGGACCGGGGGCUGGAGCAUGUCCCCCCGGCUCGUACAAGAUGUCGUCUCGUCAGCAGGAGUGUUUCUCGUGUCCAGAGAACAGCGUCGCAGAAGAAGAGGGUUCGAUCAUGUGUGUUUGUAAAGAAGACCACUUCAGGACUCCUCUGGACCUACCAUCAGCUGCCUGCACCAGACCGCCCUCUCCCCCUCGAGACCUGUCCUUCUCCCUCAGUCAGUCCACUCUGGUGCUGGAGUGGUCCCCUCCCUCAGACUCCGGGGGCCGUGUGGACCUGUCGUACACGGUGAGCUGCCAGCGGUGUGGGCUGAGGCAGUGUGAACCAUGCGGGGCCAGUGUGGGGUUCGUGCCUCAGCAGGGGGGCCUCACCGACAGGACGGUGUCUGUGGUCAACCUCCUGCCAAACUCCAACUACACCUUCACUGUGGAGGCUCUGAACGGAGUCUCAGAGCUGCUGCCCAACAAGAGGUUCUACGCACAGGUCAACGUGUCUACCAGUCUGCCCGGUGAGUACCUCCAGGUGCUACGGUGGAGUCAAACUGGGUCACAGCUCAAACACGACAGUAUCAACACUGGGACUUGA